AUGGCGUCAAAUAGCUCAACGUACUCCAAAAAGGCUGUGCACUUCGGUGCCGGUAACAUUGGUCGCGGCUUUGUUGCUUGCUUCCUCCACAACUCGGGCUACGAGGUCGUCUUUGCCGAUGUCAACGACGACAUCAUCAACCAGCUCAACGACAACAAGUCCUACAACGUCUACGAGGUCGGCUCGGACGGCACCUCCGAGAGCACCAUCACCAACUACCGCGCCAUCAACUCCAAGACACACGAGGCUGAGUUAAUAGAAGAGAUUGCGUCCGCCGACCUCGUCACCUGCUCGGUCGGCCCCAACAUCCUGCGCUUCAUCGCGCCCGUCAUCGCCAAGGGUCUGGAGCAGCGCGAUGUCGAGGCCCACCCCACGCCCAUGGCCGUCAUUGCCUGCGAGAACGCCAUUGGCGCCACCGACACCCUGGCCGACUUCAUCCGGAAAGCCACCCCCGAGGAGCGCCUGGCCGACCACGACACCCGUGCCCGCUACGCCAACUCCGCCAUUGACCGCAUCGUGCCCGCCCAGGACGCCGAUGCCGGGCUGAGCGUCAAGCUCGAGAAGUUCUUUGAGUGGAUUGUCGAGCGCCAGCCGUUUGCGCCCCGCGAACCGCCUGCCAUCAAGGGCGUCCAGUGGGUCGACAACCUCGAGCCCUACAUUGAGCGCAAGCUGUACACGGUCAACACGGGCCACGCCACCGCCGCCUACCACGGCUACAACCGUAAGAAGCGCACUGUCCACGACGCCCUGCAGGACCGCCACAUCCACCACCACGUGCACCGCGCGCUGGAGGAGACGGCCAACCUCAUCACCGAGAAGCACGGCAUUGACCGCGACGUCCAAGAGGCCUACGUCCGCAAGAUCGUCUCGCGCAUCAGCAACCCCCACCUCGAGGACGCCGUCGAGCGCGUCGGCCGCGCGCCCCUGCGCAAGCUGUCGCGCAAGGAGCGCUUCAUCGGCCCCGCCGCCGAGCUGGCCAGCAAGGGCGAGCGCUGCACGUACCUGCUCGAGGCUGCCGAGAUGGCGUUCCGCUUCCAGAACGUCGAGGGCGACGACGAGUCCUUUGAGCUCGGCAAGAUCAUGGCCGCGGAGAAGCCCGAGGCGGUCGUCCGCACCGUGUGCGGCCUGACUGAGAGCGAGGCGCUGUUCCCCAUGGUCGUCGAUGUUGUCAAGCGCGUCCAGGCCGACUCCAUGGACGAGUAA